AUGAACGGAGACCCGAAGGUCAAUGCCAGCGGCUCGCUCCGGGAUUACUUAGAUGCCGGAGCUGCUGUGGAGAACGUGUCAGCGGCCGCCUCCUCGCAGGUUCCGGGUGUGGAGCCGGAGCCGGAGCUCGUGGUGAACCCCUGGGACAUUGUCCUGUGUACCUCAGGAACGCUCAUCUCCUGUGAAAACGCCAUCGUGGUCCUUAUCAUCUUCCAUAACCCCGGCCUCCGCGCACCCAUGUUCCUGCUGAUCGGCAGCCUGGCUCUGGCAGACCUGCUGGCCGGCAUCGGACUCAUCAUCCAUUUCGUGUUUGCCUACCUGCUGCAGUCGGAAGCCACCAGGCUGGUCACCAUUGGACUCAUUGUCGCCUCUUUCUCUGCCUCUGCCUGCAGCUUGCUGGCCAUCACCGUGGACCGCUAUCUCUCCCUGUAUUACGCUCUGACGUACCACUCGGAGCGGACAGUCACGCUUACCUAUGUCAUGCUGAUCCUGCUCUGGGGGACUUCCAUCUGCCUGGGACUGCUGCCCGUCCUGGGCUGGAACUGCCUCAGAGACGAGUCCACCUGCAGUGUGGUCCGGCCUCUCACCAAGAACAACGCGGCCAUCCUUUCCAUCUCCUUCCUCUUCCUGUUCGCGCUCAUGCUUCAGCUCUACAUCCAGAUCUGCAAGAUCGUCAUGAGGCACGCCCACCAGAUAGCCCUGCAGCACCACUUCCUGGCCACCUCGCACUAUGUGACCACCCGGAAAGGGGUCUCCACCCUGGCCAUCAUCCUGGGGACCUUUGCUGCUUGCUGGAUGCCUUUUACCCUCUAUUCCCUGAUAGCUGAUUACACCUACCCCUCCAUCUACACCUACGCCACCCUCCUGCCCGCCACCUACAAUUCCAUCCUCAACCCCGUCAUAUACGCGUUCAGAAACCAAGAGAUCCAGAAAGCCCUCUGCCUCAUCUGCUGCGGCUGCAUCCCACCCAGCCUCUCCCAGAGAACGCGGUCACCCAGCGAUGUGUAG